AUGGCAUUCCUGUUUCUGAUCCCGCUGGCGAUUUUAGGUAUUGCCGUCUUCAAGCUGCGGAAUGUCGGCCGACGGCCCAAGAACUAUCCUCCAGGACCUCCCACGUUACCACUGAUCGGAAAUUUGCACCAGAUUCCGCCGACACAGUCGCAUCAUAAGUUCAAGAAAUGGGCUGAAGAGUAUGGCCCAGUAUACUCGCUCAUUCUCGGCACCAAGGUCAUGAUUGUGCUCUCUUCCGACCGGGCAGUGAAGGACCUCCUGGACAAACGCAGCAACAUCUACUCCUCUCGCACCGAUCUCUACCUUGGGAAUGUAGUCAGCGGUAAUCUCCGCGUCGUCAUGAUGGAGCUAACGGAACAAAAGCAAUACGGCGAAACAUGGCGCAUGAUCCGAAAGAUAUUCCACCAAGUCCUUCACAUCAAGGCCGCUAAGGGCUACGUACCGUACCAAGACCUCGAAAGCAAGCAGAUGCUGUCCGGAAUCCUGGAAGAGCCCGACUCCUUUGUCGCACACAUCCGUCGCUUCACGACCUCGCUGACGACACAGAUGGUAUUUGGAUUCCGUACGACGAGCAUACAUGACGAGAAGCUCAAGAGACUGUAUCAUUGUGUCGAAAAGUGGAGCGAGGUCGUGGGUUCUUCUACGGCUGCUGUCUUGGACGUGUACCCGCACCUGAGGAACCUCGGAUUCAUGUUGCCUGGGAAAAGAUAUGCUGAGGCGUUACAUAAGGAGGAGAGGGCUCUGUACGUCGGUCACUGGAUGGAUGCAAAAGAGCGUGUUCUCAAGGGCACGGCGAAGAUUGCGCAUGCGGUACUGACCAAGGCUCAGCCCUGUUUCUGUGUGGGCAUCGUCGAAAGCCAAAAGGCUCUCGGUUUCUCCGACGCCCUGGCCGGCUAUAUAUCCGGGUCCGCUCUUGAGGCUGGUUCGGACACCACCGCGUCCACGCUGACUGGCUUCGUCCAGGCCAUGGUCUUGCACCCCUCCGUCCAGAAGCAGGCCCAAGAAGAAUUGGAUCGCGUCUGUGGUACCGAGAGACUCCCGAACAUGGAUGACUGGGACUCAAUGCCCUACAUACGGGCAUGCAUAAAGGAGUCUUUGCGUUGGAUGCCGACUGCGAUCCUCGGCCUACCGCACGCCGUCAUACAGGACGAUGAGUACAUGGGCUACAAGAUUCCCAAGGGCGCAGGCGUCAUGCUGAAUGUAUGGGCGAUCAACAUGGAUGAGAACCGAUUUGAGAAUCCACGCGCUUUUGAACCUUCUCGUUAUGAAGGCGACGAGCAGAACUCAUUCGAGUCGGCGAUGAACGGAGACCCGUCGAAGCGCGAUCACUACGUCUUUGGCGCUGGUCGACGGCUGUGCCAAGGAACGCAUAUCGCUGAUCGAUCACUCUUCCUAAGUAUUUCGAGGCUGCUGUGGGCUUUCAACCUUGAGAAAGCAGUUGAUGCUGAGGGAGUCGAGAUCACUCCAGACGCGGAUGACCUUACUGACGGGUUUCUGGUCCAGCCAAAGCCGUUUCCUGCGAAGAUUACGCCAAGGAGCGAUGCUCAUGUGCAGAUUAUUCGAAGGGAGUGGGAGGCUAGCCAAGCACUUCUGGACGAGAGUAAGCAAUGGAAGGAGGUUCCGAGCGGAAUGGUUUUUGAGUCUUUGGUAUCGUCGGAUUUCAAAGAAUGA